AUGAUUCAUUAGAACCUUUUCAUUUUCCUUAAUUAUUAAAAACAUAGAUUUUAGCAGGCUUAACUCUUAGUUAUACUCUUGUUUUAUGCCGAAUAUUACUAAAUAUUAAUUGGAGUGUUACUGAAUUCAUGUUCUUUAUAUUGUAUUCCAUGCAGGCUCAGUUAAGAAAACCAUCUAAUUAUGCUCUUCGAUUAAUUCAUGUUCUUCGAGUUAUUUGAAAACCAACGAAGCAUGUUGACGUCAGGAUAUUCAUAAAUAGGCUAUUUGCGACUUACAAAUAAUUAACUUACAACGCUUAAACAUUGGUUUUAUAAAUAAGGGUCAAAACUUACAAAAUAGCCAUCCAAUUAGCUAGAUGUUUUUUAAAAAAUAAAUUUACUCAAACAAAGUGCUUAUUUAUCAACAAGCAGAGCAGGUAUGCAACAGUUAAGUGAAAAAAGCCGGAUUAGAACGAAUUUUGUAAAAUGUUAUAUUUUUAAAAAGCAUUUUUAUAUUUUUUGGAUUUUUUACUAUUUUUAGUAAAGGCAAAUUACCUAAAGACUAGCUGAUUAAUUUUUGACUAUUACAAAUAAGUGA